CUGGAUAUGUCAGAUCAUGAAAAUUUCACUAUAAUUCUUUCGUUUUUUUUUCGAACAAUGGAUGAUACAUUGAUUGCUCAGAUGGAGUUCCUUGCCGAGGAUGAAUUGGUGGAGAUUGUCCCAAAUAUGAGAAUGGAUCCUAUCAAUUUAAUCUGUGGGGAUUUUGGUCCUUUCCGUCCACAAAUAGCUACCCAAGUACCUCUGUGGCUGGCGGUGGCUUUGAAGAAGAGAGGAAAAUGCACGAUUCGGCCUCCGGAGUGGAUGUCUGUGGACAAGCUAACUCAGGUUUUGGAAGCAGAGCGGGACACUGGAAGAGUUUUUCAACCACUACCAUUCCAUUAUGUAGAAAUCUCAAGGCUUCUUUUUGACCAUGCUCGUGACGACAUUCCUGACAUAUAUAUGGUGAAGUCCCUUAUUGAGGACAUCAAAGAUGUAAGGUUUCACAAAAUUGGGACUGGCUUGGAGACCAUAUCUGGAAGGACAAACGCAGUGAAGCUUUCAAAUCUGUCAGCAAUGGAAGUAAAUAUAGUACGCCCAUUUCUUGCCGGUGCUCUACAGACAUUUUAUAAGCUUCAUAAUCCAGAGAUGGUUCCAGAAUCAGAAAGAAGGGGCAGUAGACGACCCCAAGGAGCAGACCGUGGGGCAAGACGGACAUUGAAACCUAGAUAG